GCCGGUUUCUCUCUGGCUUAACAGGUUGCUGCCGCCAUUGAGUUCUCAGGGAAAGGAAUCUAGGUGCGGCCCUCUCCUCCCUAUGAGCUUUCCUGCUGAUUAAAAAGAUCUGACUUACUCACUCCCGGGUCGCACACACACGAGCCCGGCUGGAGGAAACUUUGCAGCAGAAGAUUCCGUCCAGCACCCCGCGCUUCUUCUUUUCUUUUUGUUCCCGCUGCUGAAGAUUGUCUGUGCAAAAUGAUGCGAUGCGGCUUGGCGUGCUGGCGGUGCAGAUGGCUCCUGCCUCUGCUCUUGGGUUUGGCUAUCAUCCUCGGCAUAAUUAGUUUGGCUGGCCGGGGCUGGUUGGAAUCGGCGUCCUUCCCCUACGUCCGCCAAGCCUCUCUGUGGUCCGACUGCGUCAAACAAGGCGCAGAUGAUUACAACUGGAGGUGCCGCUCUCUCAUGGAUUACAGUUGGGGUAGAGCUGCAGCUGCCACAUUCCUUGUUGGCUUUAUCAUCCUGUGCAUCUGUUUCAUCCUAGCAGUGAUUGCAUUUUCUAUUGAAAUACUGAGGUUUAACUUCGUCCGAGGAAUAGGAGGCCUUCUCUUCCUUGCUGCGGCCUUCCUAAUUAUAGGUUUGGUGAUCUAUCCUGUGAUGUUCACAGAAGAUAUUCCACUGACAGGAGAAAACAUGUUCAGUUGGGCCUAUGGCUUUGGCUGGGCAACCACGAUUAUUGUGAUAGGAUGUGCAUUCUUCUUCUGCUGUCUCCCCAACUGGGAAGAUGAAGUCCUGGGCAACAUAAAGCCCUACUAUGGUGGAAGCGGAGUUUGAUGUGAAACUGGAAAGAUUAUUUGAAUAAAUAAUACAAAUGUUUUUUGUUUUGGUUUACAUGAAAGAACUUGCUGUGGUGCCAUAUUAUUGUUCGAGAUAAUUACUGUUAUUAAGGGGUUUUUUUCCAGUGAAUAUACCAACUUCACCGUUUCUUUUUAGACAAGAGCUCAUUUUCAUAUCUGGGAGCUUUAAAUGACAGGAAUGAAAAAAGAAACAGCAUUCUGUAUUUUGAUAGCUAAUAUGGAUUUCCUUUUCAUAAUUAUUGCUUUUGUGGGGGGAAGAAAUGCUAAGGUGUGAUUCCUUUUUUGUUUUGUUUUGUUAAUAUGUUACUGAGGGAGUAGAUUGCAAAAAUAAUUUCACCAGUUUUGUUCUUAGCUCUGUCAUUUAGGUCCCUUAUCAUAUUCCAUUUUGCCAGAGUGGGUUUUAGGACACAUGUCUAUAAGCAUCUUUAAAAAUCCUAUUCAGAAGUCCAACAUUCAGUGAAGUUCACUUUAGAAUAAGCAUUAUGAGAGUUAGAAAUCAUACAUAGUGGUAUAAUACAUAUUGCCAUUUUUCAGUUCCUUAUGAUUUACACAAAUUCACAAAAUAUUCCAAACACUUCUAUGUAUUUAAUAAGUGACAUAACAGAAUUUUAAAACUGGGCUAAAAACAGUCAUACAUUUAUAUUCCUACUACCAACCACCUCUGCCUCUUGUAUCAUAACUCUUUCUUUGCCAAAUGUACAUCAAAAUUACUAGAUGACGUUUUUCCAGAGAUGUAAAAUACCUGUUAGCGCCACUAAGGAAUAAUGAGAAAUGAUAUAACAGAAGUAAAGCUGCCACUGAAACAUAGUUCAGUGUUUCCCACCAUUCUCAGUAGUACAAAACAAAAUAAUCACUGGCCCUUUCAGUUUGGUGAAGUGCCUACAGUAAAUGUCCUAAAGCCAAUGGUCUGAAAUAUCUAUACGGUAAUUUUGCAAGUUUGACACGUUCGUUAACUAUAAAGCAUCCAUUAUAUGCCUGAAUUGUAUCCUCUAAGAUUAGGGUGCCAUUUUAGGUUUCAAAGUAGUGCCUCAUUCUUAACACAUCUUAAAAGCUAUAUACAUGUCUGUAUGCUUUUAUUAUCUUAAAAUAUUUAAAAGCUGUGAGCACUACUUUGUGACAGCUACUGAGUGAAAUAUGUUACUAAUAAGAGUCUGUAUUACACAUGUCUGUAUUGUACCUUUGUUGUUUUUAAAAUUAGUUGAAAUUUUUUAUAUUGCAAUGGUAAUUUCAGAUAUGGCCGAUAUUAUCAUUCUAAUUGAAUGGCAGAAUCUCGUGCUAACUGUGGUUUCAUGGUGAAAAUGUUAAUCAAGAUUCCUAAAUCAACACUUCCUAUGAAACUGAAGAAACUGCAAUAGGUUUUAGGUGUGCUUUAUUCAAUGUAUUGGAUUAUGGUCUAGCUUCAUAUGUAGCACAGAUACAUGCAAGAACAGAAGUAGUGGUUUAAAUGAUUUUCUGAAGGAAGUAAAAUGUUUGCUGCAUUUUGCAAAUUUUUGUACUAAUUCUCAAAAUUGGGAAAGCAAGUGAUUAAAAAACGUUAAGUGGAAAAAGCUUUUUAAAAGUAGAAAAAAGGGGAAAUAAUUAUUUGUAGACCUUGCUCAAAACCUAUUUUCAGAAUAAACAGUUAAAAUCCUGUGCUAGUUACCUAAAUGAUAGCUUUAUAACAUAUGUUCAGUCAAAUAAACCAGGUUUAUACAUUCA